CGACAGGGCUUGCACAACCUUAAAAGAACUCUGGCGGCUCGUUGGCCAACUUCUAUUUUCAGACGCUCUUGGGCUUCCUGUGUGUUUGCUGCAACUGGAGCCUAAAAAAAGCCCAGCCCCCAUCAGAUACUACUACAGUGUUCCAGAGAGUAUGCAGCUUAUAACAUUAGCAAACUGCAGACACCGGAGAUAACAAGCAUCUGGAACCAGGAGAUAACAAGCAACAGGAGCCACUCGACCAACAUUGGAGAACAUGCUGCUAAACUUCAACUUUUUUGUAAUUCUCCUGCAAAUACUGAUCAUUCCCUUUGCUCUGCUGAUCACUUGGGCCAUUUACUGUGAUCUCUCCAAGUCUGAGAUUCCUCCUGGGAUUGACCAGCCUAUGAAGCUUCGCAUUCUUAACUGGCUCAUGAUUCUUUCAUCAUUCCUGGGGAAGAUUCUGGAGAAUCUACACCUGUGCACUGAGAUUCACUUCAUCCGCUACACCCAAGAAGGAAAGAGAAUGGGAGAGGACCCCGAGCUUGACAUUCAGGACCUGGUGUUUGAGGACAUCCCUGUAAGGGUUUACCAGCCACGGGGCCCAAGAGAAAGAAGAGGAGUCAUCUACUUCCAUGGAGGAGCUUGGAUGUUCGGCAGCAUCAAUUCCUAUGACCACCUUUGCCGCUACAUUGCCAAAGAAAGUGAUUCAGUGGUGCUUUCUGUCGGGUAUCAUUUGGCCCCCGAGGAGAAAUAUCCAUCCCAGUUUAAGGACUGCCUGACUGCCAGCAUACAUUUUAUGAAAACCGCCAAAGACUAUGGGGUUGACCCAGCCUGCAUCGUCAUCAGCGGAGACAGUGUCGGAGGGAAUCUUGCCGCCUCUGUGUGCCAAGCAUUAGUGACCAGAUCUGGCGUCCCGCGGCCACUUGCUCAGAUUCUGAUCUAUCCUGGCCUCCAAGCACUAGAUUUCAACCUGCCUUCGUACCAGCAAAACCGAGCCGUCCCCAUCUUGUACCGGGAGCACGUCGUUGGCGCAGCCUUGCGGUAUCUCAAUAAGGACUUAUCGGUGUUGGAAAGCGUUGUGCAGGGCUGCCAUGUUCCCAGAGACAUAAGAAUGAGAUUUGGGAAGUGGAUCAGCUCAGAGAACAUCCCCAAUGAGUUUAAGGUCAGAGGCUACAAGCCACCUACGGCCGCUUCCUAUGAGGACAACAUCUAUGAAGUGGUGAAGCAAGCGCUAGAGCCAACUUUCUCUCCACUCAUGGUAGAUGACGUUGUGGUCGGCCAGCUUCCAAAAACAUGCAUUGUAACUUGUGAGUAUGAUGUUCUACGGGACGAUGGCAUCCUCUACAAGAAAAGACUGGAGGACAAUAGGGUACCGGUCACCUGGUACCACAUUGAAAAUGGAUUUCAUGGGGUGAUAAGUCUAUUUGAUGGAUUUCUAUCAUUUCCUUCUGGGAAAAGGGGGUUAGACAGCAUUAUAGCAUUUCUAAAAGACUUAUGAGCAUUUUUAAAAAAUAAAAUAAAAAUAAAAUCAUGA